CAUUCACAUUCAUAUGAUGUGUAUUACGACGAGCAGCACGAAAUCCUGGCAGAGAAGUACACAUUGAUCGCCAGAAUAUCCGUUCUAUUUCUUCCAGGAUUUUGAUAUUAUAUUGGAAUUAUACACAAGACAAUUAAAGAAUAUUGUUUCUUCUGAAGUGUGAGUGUUGAGAGAGGUCUCAUCAUGUCUCGUCCCGCUGGCGAGACGGACCUUUACGAGCCGCUGGGGCUGAUGGAACCUCCAAGGAUGGAGGCGGAAAUGGACCGACGCGUCAGCAACACCAGCCUCUCUUCGGAGAGUGCCUACAGCAGCAAUGGGAACGGACCUCCCAUUCCCACGCACCACAAUCGUAAGGAUUCCGUCCGCUCGUACAAACUGCGCAGGAAACUGAAGCGCAGGAAACAGAUGCAGAGGUUGGUGGGUAAGGACGGAGUGUGCAAUGUGGUUCACACGCGAGUGGCGAGGUUACGCUUCAUUGAGGACCUGUUCACAACCUUUGUGGAUUUAAGAUGGAGAUGGAACCUGAUGGUGUUCACCUUUGCGUAUGUCGUCGGAUGGUUCUUGUUUGGACUUGUAUGGUUUGUCAUCGCCGCGGCGCAUGGUGACCUCAACGCCUCACAGCGCAACUUGACAGACUGGGAACCGUGUGUGUACAACAUGGAAACAUUCACCGGAGCGUUCCUCUUUUCAUUGGAAACCCAGACAACAAUCGGAUAUGGCUUCCGAAGUGUGACUGAAGAAUGCCCACAUGCAGUAUUACUAGUUGUUGUACAGUCCGUCAUCAGUUGCCUCAUUGAUGCCGUUUUUAUUGGUUGUAUCUUCGCUAAAAUCGCUCGUCCAAAGAAACGAGCCGCCACGCUCAAGUUCAGUCGGAAAGCCGCCAUUGCCCAAAGAGACGGUAAAUUAUGCUUCAUGUUCAGGGUCGGAGACAUUCGAAACAGCCAUCUGUUUGAGGCUCACUUGCGAGUUUACAUGAUCAAACCCAAAGUCACCAAAGAGGGGGAGAUUAUACCACUGUGUCAUCACAACAUGGACCUGGGUUAUGACACUGGGGAAGACCGUAUAUUCUUGGUCUGGCCCAUCAUAGUAUCACAUACAAUAGACGAAGACAGUCCACUCUAUGAGUACUCCUGCAACACGAUAGACACCGCUGACUUUGAGAUUGUGGUUAUCCUCGAAGGAAUCGUUGAGCAAACAGGGUUGACCACUCAGGCCCGUACCUCCUACAUGCCUGGAGAGAUACAGUGGGGCUCUCGCUUCUGCAGCUCUGUUCUGUGCCUACGCAGCGAGUUCGACAAGCAGUACGACAUUGACUACUCCAAGUUUGAGGAAACAUACACUGUGCCAGGCCACCCAAGGAAGAGUGCCAAAGAGCUGGACGAAAUUGAGCAAAAGGAAGAGGAAACGACGGAGAGCCAGUUGGCUCAGCUGAAAGACCUCAUCACCAAUGUUAUCGACGAGCAGAAGCUGCAGAGAUGGAAUCCUAGGAUGACGGAAGAAGUCUUCGCCCGUCGCUUCAAGCAGUUCGCACGGGGGGACUGCAAUGGCCGAAGCAGGAGCACUGAACAUCUUACUCUGAAAUGGAAACCUCCAGAUGUUGGAAGACUUGUUUCUAUCGAGUCUCAGGGUUCCCACGAGGGUUCACAGGAGAUGCAUCCUCUGCGGUCUUGUGAUUCCCAGACCACGGAGGAACUGUCGAUGACCAGUCAUCCAAGCCCGCUACCAGAAGAAGCCCUCAAAGAGAUGCCAGAUGAAAUCAAGAGGAAAGAGUCAAAUGUAUAGCAGUACUACUCACAAAAUGGUAAGAUCCCUGUACAAUAUUGCAGUGCAGAAUAUGUGUGUUCAUAGAGAUAUAUUUGUAUAUAUAAACAAGUGUCAAUAAACAUUGUACAAGUUGCUUUCAUGAUGAGUAUGAGGUAAUUUUUGACUGUGCAAGAAAAAGGUAUUCAAUCAAUGUAUUAAAGAGAGCAAUGAAGUGACUUCUGGUGUAUUUGGGCUACCGUCAAGUCUAUCGAUCACAAAGCUUAGAACAGUUAACAAAUAAUCUAGCUUCUGUUGAAAGAUUUAUGCAAGUGCAAAGUUUUAAACCUAGUUUUCUAGUCCUAAAUGUGUAAUACAUUUUGGAAAAAAUGCUGUGUGAUGUUGUAUCUUCAGUUUGCUUAAACUGUCUUCCAUGGGGAAAGAGACUUUUACCCAAGUUACCCGAUGUUCAAAUAGCUUGUUUUGAGGCAGCCAUUUAAGAAUCACACCAGACCGAUAAGAAGGGAUAAUAUCUCAUUCUCGUAAACCUGUCUCACAUUUCCAUAAGAUUUGUGUCCGCCAUCCGAAAAUACUCUUCAUAUCUGUGUCAUGUGAUCAUGCCGUAAAAGUGAGCAUAAACUAGAGGCAGUCUCGUUUACGGGACGCUAUUUAUGUCGUAAUGAGGCUGCAUGGCGAGCAAGCCAUAUCAAGAGAGAUAGUUGCGGUAAUUAGGAGUGACAGCUUUGGAUCGCGAUAGGGUGCUGGGAGGCUUAGGGCAAGGUGUGGACCAAUGGCCAUUGCCAAUUUAAGGUUGAGGGAUGACUUUCGAGUUGUAUUCUGCUUCCAGGUUUAUGAAGCUGUUCUCAUUCUAAACACCAUUCCAUCAUUUAAAGUGAUUGGCUUGUCCCAGUUAGUCUGGUUUAUUGUAUUUGGUGUACAGCCAUGUAUAUGUAGGAAUAGGAUUGACCCAGAUAAGCAGAUAGUAUAGUCUAGUUCUGCUGACUCAUACUUUUUCGCCCCCUUCCCCCUCCCCUUCUCCUUCCCCCUCCCCCUUC